UUGUCCUCUCCACCCUUUCAAUUCAAACCCCUUGGAAUUUUCUUCAUGGAUUCAAUCUCUAGUGAAGUAGCCCAUGAUUUCUCACCCCUUAUCAAAAUCUACAAAGACGGUCGUGUAGAGAGGCUUCUAGGGUGCGAUGUUGUUCCCCCAUCUUUUGAUCCCAUAACCAACGUCGAAUCCAAAGACGUUGUGAUCUCAAAAGAUGAAGACAUAUCUGCAAGGAUCUUCAUUCCCAAACUCAACGAUCAAAACCAAAAGCUCCCUCUCCUUGUCUACUUCCAUGGCGGUGGUUUCUGCAUAGAAACACCAUUCUCACCUCCUUACCACAAAUUCCUCAAUUCAAUUGUUUCUGAGGCUCAUGCUAUUGGUGUCUCUGUUCAUUACAGGAGAGCACCGGAGCACCCCGUUCCCAUCGCUUAUGAAGAUUCAUGGACUGUGCUCAAAUGGGUCGCUUCACACUUCGAUGGAAAUGGCCCUGAUGAGUGGCUCAAUCGCCACGCUGAUCUUGGGAACGUGUUCUUCGCUGGGGACAGUGCUGGAGCUAACAUUGCACACCAAAUGGGUCUUCGGGUCGGAACAGAGGGGCUUCCGGGUGUAAAGCUUGAAGGGAUUGCUUUGGUUCAUUCAUUCUUUUGGGGCGUGGAACGAAUAGGAUCUGAGGCCGAGAAAACUGAACAUCUAGCCAAGGUGGAGAAUUUGUGGCUUUUUACAUGCCCGACAUCGACUGGAUCCGAUGACCCGUUGUUCAACCCGGCUAAGGAUCCGAAUCUGGGGAGGCUGGCUUGCACGAGAGUGUUGGUUUGUGUUGCUGAGAAUGAUUUGUUGAAGGAUAGGGGUUGGUAUUAUAAAGAAUCGCUUGAGAAAAGUGGGUGGCACGGUGUAGUUGAAGUGAUGGAGGCAAAAGGAGAAGGCCAUGUGUUUCAUCUGUUCAAUCCAAACUCUAACAACGCUCUCUCCUUGCUCAAUCGUAUUGUUUCCUUCAUCAAUCACAGUUAAGUAUGCAUGCAGUUAUAUGCAUAACUUAUGAAUAAUACAUCUCAGACUGUAAUGGAUCUUUAUGUCUUGUAAUAAGAUUAUGCCA